AUGAUGAAGCAUCAUAAAGGUGGCUUUCGCGAUCGAAUACGAAGGUGGCACAUCCGUGGACGGCCCAUUCAUUGCCACGUCGCAAGCAACAGCACCGUAGUCACCGUCGAUUUUUCUUUCCUCUUGCCCUCUCGCUCACGCCCAACCGGUGGAGGUGAGCCAAUCAACGCGCACCAUCGACCUUUUCUUCUCUUCGUCGUAGUUCGCCCGUUCUCUCCCCACUCCCGCCCCCUUCUCUCACCUCCCCUUGACCACCCACCUACCCACCAUCUAGGCUCUGCUAACGCACACGAACGCCCACCAACUUCCAUGCGUCCGUGCGCGCUUCGCUUGCAGCUGCCUCUCCGAACGGGCAGAGCCAGUGUGGCUUCUCUCUCGCCUGUCCGUCCGCUCCUCCCAACGCGAGCACAACCCCGUGACCACACACUGCCACAGCCUGUCGAAUUUAUUGAUGAGUCGACCGAACGCGCUUGUGUCGUUCAAUGGGUAAUCGAUAUCUCGAUCGUGUCCUGGCCGCCGUAUCGAUUUAUUCAGUUGCUCAGGCGACUCGGCAUUCACUUUCUAAGAUUCAUGUCCGAACGCGUGAGGCCUCGUUACGGGUCUCAAGUCCCCCUCCGUUCUCAAAUUUCCACCGCCGUUUCACCUCAACACACUUGGAUGCAUUUGCCCCGCUUUGAGAUCGGUCAGGUGUCUGUGACCCAGGCACGUCCCACUGCCUUGCCAUCCAAGUCGCCUCUCGCGCCCUGGCUACGCAGGCUUUCGGGCUGGGCAGGCACACCUAGCGCCGUGUCAAUCAUCAGUGUCACUCAUCUAAAUCUCGCUCCUCCUCCCCGCCUUCUCUACGGGUUUUCGGCCAUUCAAAAGAGGGGUGUCGAACAGCUAGGCCUUUCGAUUGAAUUAUGUGGUAGAGCAAGUUCUGGUCCUUCUCGCAUCACUCGCCAUUUUAAGUCAACGCUUAGUCGACCGACUUGCAGUGGCGUAAUUCUCACGAAGAGUGAUGCAACCUUCCAGUUUGCCGCCUGCGUGGAGCGGAAAGCCGAAGGGUUUCGACUCCUUGUAGCGCGCACACGUCGAACUGGCACUGUGUGCGUGCCGCGUUAUACCCAACGAGUGCAGCAGCAACGUCCCAGUUGGGUAGCUGUUUUCACGCGAUGCCUUCCUUUCGAAGUUGUUACUGUCAUUCAUCCGCACGCGAGCCUGCUGACUACCUGUCACUUUUCUGUGAGGCGCGCUGUGUGCUUGCCCAAUCCACCCCCUCCCACCCUUCUCUUACCAGGGAUCAUCUCCAGCCCACUGCCUUCCUCCCUGCCCCCGCCCACCCCAACUGCCUCCUCCCCAGCGUUCGGGAUUGAUUGA